AUGGCGACGCUGAGCAUUGUCGCCGGUGUCCAGGAGUACAUCCAGGCCAUGGUGGACAGGAUCUCUGGCAUGAAAGUGCUCCUUCUGGACGAAGAAACAAUAGGCAUCAUCAGCAUGGUCUUCUCGCAGUCGGACAUCCUGCAGCAUGAGGUUGACGAUCAUAAGAACACAUUGGUUUGUUCGCCCGUGUGCCGUGCGGCCUGGUACAAGGACGUCCGGUCAGCCUGCACAGAUAUCGGCUGUGACAGCUUCCUACUGUGGCACGCAGCAUUCCUCCUGGAUGCCACAGAAUCACUGCGCGAAGUGAAUGAGGCAAUCUCAGCCUUGACUGCUGUCGGCAGCGAAGGCUCGGAUGGUGUGAGGCCGGCGCUGGUCUCAAUUCAGCCACCACCAGGAACUGCUCGCACCCCAUCUGACAUCUGCUGCGUCGUGGAUGUGUCGGGCUCCAUGAGCAACGAUGCACUGCUACAGAGCGAAGACGGGACGAUGUCAGCGAGCCACGGCCUGUCCGUCCUUGACAUUGUCAAGCACGCCUUGCGAACCAUCAUCGCCAUCUUGGGUGAGAACGACCGCUUAGCACUCGUGUCUUACUCCAAUGCGGCAAAGACCAUCUUCCCGCUGACGGAGAUGAAUGAACAUGGCAGGAAGUUCUCAGAGGGCAAGCUGGAGGAGCUCAUUGCCGAAGGCAUGACGAACCUCUGGGAUGGGCUUCAAACCGGCUUGAAUCUUUUGAAGGAGGGUGCGCAAGCUAACCGGCUGCAGCACGUAAUGCUCUUCACCGAUGGGCUGCCCAACAUCAAUCCUCCCAGAGGCAUCUUGCCAAUGCUGAAGCGCCUCAAGGACAAGAGUGAAGGGGGCAGACUGCCCUGCACCAUUAGCACUUUCGGCUUUGGCUACGAGCUAGAUAGCGCCUUGCUGAGUCAGCUGGCGACUGAUGGUUUCGGCACCUAUGCCUUCAUCCCAGAUGCGGGUUUCGUGGGCACCGUCUUCGUGAAUGCCAUGUCCAACUUGCUGGUGACCAUGGCAAGAGACGUGGUGGUGACCCUGAAGCCUGUCGAAGGAGCUGCCUUUGCCGAGCCGAAGAGCUUGCUGGGCAGCCAUGCAGCCGCUCAGGGGGAGGCUCUGAGAGUUCAUCUUGGCACGCUGCAGUUUGGUCAGGCUAAAGACCUCGUUGUGCUCAUGCGAGGCUCAGGCGAACGGCUGGUCGAAGCAACCGUGGAGUACACGACCAGGGCUGGACCAGGACCACCUCUGGCAGCUGCAGGCGGCGCCGAUCCCGCUCUGGUUGAGCUGCACCGGCUUCGGUUGAAGGGCGUGGACUGCAUCCAGCAGGCCAUGGCUUCAUUGAAGCUCACAGCCAUGGACCGAGCGAACGGCAAAGCUUUGCCCCUGGAGGAGGCUUCCAGGAUCAUUCAGGCCAUGAUUUCGGAGAUCUCAUCCUCCUCAGCCGGCGAUGCUGAAGCAGCGAAGGGCCUCCGGGAGGACUUCGAGGGUCAGGUGUCUGAAGCGAUCUCCCGAGAAGACUGGUACCAGAAGUGGGGCAUUCACUACCUGCCGUCUCUGAUGUCUGCACAUUUGGCCCAGCAGUGCAACAACUUUAAGGACGCCGGGGUUCAGAGCUACGGCGGCGAGCUAUUUCAGAACAUUCGGGAUGCAGCUGACGACGUCUUCCUGUCGCUCCCACCGCCGCAGCCGACGGCUAGGCCACAGGCAGCACAAGCCGCCCCAACAGCCAGCCGAGUGCGAAGUCCUUACGGCCACGUGCUGUAUGCCAUUUCUGGACACCUGUUGCCUGUGGGCGGUGGUACACACUGCGUGAUGUCUAAGGACAUGAUCCAAGCUUGUAAACGACAGUGA